GGUACUGGUGGCCCGCGGCCGGCAGCGGGCCAUGACUCGCCAGGCAGACGGCGCUAGUGCGGGCUCGGACCCCACCUCCAGCCGGCUACCCUCUAGGGUGGCCCAGCUGCUGUCGGCGCUCUUCUACGGGACCUGCUCCUUCCUCAUCGUGCUGGUCAACAAGGCGCUGCUGACAACCUACGGUUUCCCAUCACCAAUUGUUCUUGGAGUUGGCCAGAUGGCAGCUACCAUAAUGAUACUGUAUGUGUCCAAGCUAAAUAAAAUAAUUCACUUCCCUGAUUUUGACAAGAAAAUUCCUGUAAAGCUGUUUCCCCUGCCUCUCCUCUACAUUGGAAACCACAUAAGUGGAUUAUCAAGCACAAGUAGAUUAAGCUUGCCGAUGUUCACCGUGCUCAGGAAAUUUACCAUUCCACUCACUUUACUCUUGGAAACCAUCAUACUUGGGAAACAGUAUUCCUUGAACAUCAUUGUCAGUGUCUUUGCCAUCGUUCUCGGUGCUGUCAUAGCAGCUGGUUCUGACCUUGCCUUUAACCUGGAAGGCUAUAUUUUUGUAUUCCUGAAUGAUAUCUUUACGGCAGCGAAUGGAGUUUAUACCAAACAGAAAAUGGACCCAAAGGAGCUAGGGAAGUAUGGAGUGCUGUUUUACAAUGCCUGUUUCAUGAUUAUCCCAACCCUCAUCCUUAGCGUCUCCACAGGAGACCUCCAACAGGCGACUGAAUUCAACCAAUGGAAGAAUGUUCUAUUUAUCUUACAGUUUCUUCUUUCCUGUUUUUUGGGGUUUCUGUUGAUGUACUCCACGGUGCUGUGCAGCUACUACAACUCCGCCCUGACGACAGCGGUGGUUGGAGCCGUCAAGAAUGUAUCCAUUGCCUACAUUGGGAUGGUAGUCGGUGGAGAUUACAUUUUCUCUGUGUCAAACUUCAUAGGCUUAAAUAUUUGCAUGGCAGGGGGCUUGAGAUACUCCUUUUUAACUCUGAGCAGUCAGUUAAAACCUAAACAACCUGUGGACGAAGAAAACAUCCCUCCAGAUUUGAAGAGUUAGACGGACCUGCGGUCUGGUGGCUAUGAGGGCGGUCCUUCUUGGAUGUGGGAAAGUGACACCAGACCUUUGAGGUGUGGGACACCCUCUGGUGAAAGCAAGAAAAGAAAUGUCUGAGAGAAUCUACCUCACACGCACUGCACAAUGAGCCGUCAUUGCCCUGAGAAAUGUGUCCGGGCAAAGCCUUACCAGCCAAAAGUGAUUCUUCUCAAAAUAAGCCACUGUUUAAAGGGAUUGUUUGCAGGGGUCCUGUGCAGUUGACCACUCCCCUGCUGUUCACCGCUACUGCCUGUGCUUACGAGGAGGUACAAGGUCGACGGUGUGAAACAGAUUACUUUCUUACCAGCAUCUUCGCCUUAACUUCAAAGGCCCCAGCCAAAGCAAAGUGACAGAGAGAGCAUUUUUUCAGUUUAAACAGACAUAUUUUUAUUUUCAUUAAAUUACCUGAUUAACUGCCAGUAGAGUUAUCCGUUAGCUUUGAUUUGAUCUUAUAUUUUUCCCAAUCAUCAAAGUAAAAUAAAAAAUAAUUUAUACGCA